AUGACGCUCUGCAUGGGCAGAAGGGUACCAACGCCCUCUCUGAGCCGAAACCAGAUCAGCUCUUUGGAAGAGACCAAGUCGGAAGAGCUCUCCAGUCGGAAGCAGGAGCAAGCCCAGAAGGUUCGGUGCAAGCAACCUUUGCAGCGUCGUGCUGGUCUGGAGAAUGUCGCUCCCUGCCAGGUCCUCUCCGGAAAAAAGACCUCGCCCUGCAAGAUGAUCUCUGCUUCACCGAACAAAGAGAAUGAAGAGGCAGUACCUACCUGCAUCGACAUGCAGAAUAUGUUCAGCAAGCGCAAGCUCUUUGAGAAAGAGGCCAUGCUUGGCCUAUCCGUCUUUGCCGUGGCGUUGGGAGCUUCCCAGAAGGCUUCGGUAACCUCACGGCGUGCAUCCCGCCGUGAGCUGUUCUGGACACCCUUGACACUCUUGCCAGUGGCUGCAAGAGCUGAAGAGGGUUUAACAAAAAUUGGCAAUGAUCAGUUCAGCAUCGAGCUUCCGAAGGGCUUCUCGUGGAACGAGAAGUUUAUCCUUGCGAAGACUCACACCUUUGAGCGCAGCGUGACUGCUUCGGACCCCUAUAGCAAGUGGAAGGUGGGCAUUACCAUUGAUGAGGUCUUUGCCAACAGUUUGUCUGAUGUUGGCUCGGCUGAUGUGGUGGCUGAUCGUAUCGCUUCAAUUGAGAAGCAGAAGGAUGGGAACUUCACCACAGACGUGCUGUCGGCGAAGGACGUGAAUGCUGGCGAUAUCCAAACCUAUGUGAUCGAGUACCGCUGCGAUACGUCCAGAGGCUACAAUCACUUCCUGGUGCGUGUCUCCGAGGAGCAGAUGUUGGUGGAGGCUCUGCGAACGGCACCCACAGGUCAGGUGUUUGCGGCUCUUUGUGGGCUCCGGAAGGCGCUCGCCAGACCACGACCACCCAUCGAUGGAGUGCUCCGUUGUGGUGGUGCCGAGCUCUUGGUGGAGACACUGCGUUCUUCAAGCUUGAUUCCAGCCGGAAAGGCUGAGGCAGCCUGGUGCCUAGUGCAACUAGCCAGUGGAAGCUCCGUGCAGACCCACCAACUCGUCCAGGCAGGUGCCACCCUUGCGGCUUUAGAAACCCUGCAGUCUUCCAGCAUUGCAGCGAGUUCCGCGCUCUGCGACUUUUUACUUCAGCUCUUGGCCAAUGUCGGCGGUGAUGCGGAUGGCAGCUUCCGGGAUGGACUGCUUGAUGCUGACAUCGUCAACGUUUUGGGGCAGCUCUUCGCAGAGAUGCCGGACUUCACCUGGACGAGCCCUGAGCGCUGCGAGGUGCUGCGAAGCUUCACUUGGCUAAUGGCCAGCCUUUGCCGGGGCAUGCAAUCCCCGAUGCUUGAGAAGGUGGAUGCUGCCUUUGACUUCUUCCCACAGGUCCUGCUUGGCACGACCGAUGCGGAGAUGUUGAGCAAUGCCACCUGGGGCCUUUGUUAUUUGUUGCAGGGUGCUGAAGAGGACUCUGAGGGCUGCCGGCGUGCUGUGCGGAUUUUGACUGCUGGCUUUCAGGGUGAAGAGGUGCCGACUCCACACCCUUUGCUGCAGCAGGUAGUUCGCUGUAUGCGAAUGGUUGGGGACUGGAGGUGCCCUUUGCCUAGUGCUGCCUUACGAUUGGCAGGCAUGCUGGUUCACUUGUCAGACAGCAGCUUCACUGACGCACUGUUGGCAGCUGGACUCCUGGGUGCUUUGCAUGCAGAUCUCGUGGAUUCCUACGCUCCUGUCCAGGUGCGCCGUGAUGCUGCCUGGGUCUUGGCCAACGUGGCGGCUGGCAGCUUGGCACAGGCCCAAAGCCUGGCUGAGCAACCUGGUUUGGUGGAAGCGCUUUGUGACCAGGGUCCCACCGAGGUUCGUCAGGAGUGCACCUGGGCUAUUCUCAAUCUGUUGAAGCAUGGUCCAGACAUGUUUGUGCGCAUGGGUGUUCAUCGCGUGGUUUGCAUUCUGACGAACGCUCUUCAAGCUGACACGGAGCCUGCCCUGCAGCGGUCCGCAAUGGAGCACUUGGAGUUGCUCACGCAAAAGCUGCAGACACCAGAGGCAGGUGGCCUUGUGGGCAAACUGCAAGGGCUGUGUCAUUCGUCGGACGGUGCGAUCCUGCAAAAGGCACGAUUCCUGCUUCAGAACUUCUUCCCUUGGCAGGGAAUGCCUGAUGACGACAUGAGCAACAACCUUUCCAGGAGUGGCUAG